AUGGAGCUGUGGGAAACUCUCUUGCUUCUGUUGACUGUUUGUAUUUCAGCUUCAGUUCUCCUCUCAGCAUGGAGCCAAACUGCAAAGAGGAGGCAGCUCCCCCCAGGCCCCGCACCCCUCCCCAUUCUGGGCAACUUGCUGGAACUGAGGGCCUACAACAUCCUGACAUUCUUCAAGGAGCUGAGAGAUCGAUACGGGCCUGUCUUCACCAUCCACCUGGGCCCUCGCCGGGUGGUUGUCCUCUAUGGCUAUGAGGUGGUCAAGGAAGCCCUGGUGGACCACGCUGAAGCGUUCAGUGGCAGGGGACACUUGGCCACCGUGGAUGACUUCGUCCAGGGUUUGGGGAUCGCUUUCGCCAACGGGGAGCGAUGGAGACAGCUGCGCCGCUUCACCCUCAGCACCUUGCGCAAUUUCGGGAUGGGGAGACACUCUAUUGAGGAGCGGAUCCAGGAAGAGGCCCACUUCCUACUGGAGGAGAUCCGGAAAACCGAAGGCUCAGCCUUCGACCCCACAUUCUUCCUCAGCCGCUCCGUCUCCAACGUCAUCUGCUCCAUUGUGUUUGGCCGACGUUUUGACUACCAGGACCAAGGCUUCCUUACCUUGCUGGCCAAGAUAAAUGAGAACUUUGUGGGCAUGAGUGGCGCCUCGGGUCAGCUGUACGAGAUGUUUUCAUGGAUCAUGAAGUUCCUACCUGGCUCUCACCAGCAGUUAUUCCGGAACCUCAAUGACAUUUGCGAUUUUGUGUCUGAGAGGGUCCAGGUGAACAAGGCGUCUCUUGACCCCGACAACCCCCGGGACUUUAUCGACUGUUUCCUCAUCCAAAUUGAAAAGGAAAGCAAAAAUCCGUCAAGUGAGUUUCACCUCAAGACCAUGGUCAUGACCAUCCUCAACCUGUUCGUUGCGGGUACGGAGACAGUGAGCUCCACGCUCCGGUUUGGACUCCUCAUCCUGAUGAAGUAUCCAGAGGUACAAGCCAAAGUGUUCCAAGAAAUUGAUGCCGUGAUUGGGAAGAACCGCCUGCCAGCUGUGGAGAGUCGGGCCCAGAUGCCGUACACAGAUGCCGUGAUCCACGAGAUCCAGCGGUUUAGCGAUGUCAUCCCUAUGAACCUCCCUCACGCCCUGACCAAGACAAUGCAGUUCAGGGGGUACACUUUGCCCGAGGGAACAAACGUCUUCCCCUUGCUGACCUCUGUGCUGAAGGACCCCGGUAGCUUCCCUGAGCCAGAGAAAUUCAACCCGGGUCAUUUCUUGGACGAAGAAGGACGCUUCAAGAAGAACGAUGCCUUCAUGCCCUUCUCUGCAGGCAAACGGAUCUGUGUCGGGGCCAACCUGGCCCGCAUGGAGCUCUUCAUCUUCUUGACAGCUCUGCUGCAGAAUUUCACCCUCAGGUCUCCUGUCGACCCCCAAGACCUUGACCUCACACCACCCCUGAGUGGGUUCGCAAACAUCCCACCCACCUACCAGCUCUGUGCCCUUCCACGCUGAGGACAGAGCGGGCAAG